AUGGCCUCACUACACAAGCGCUCGAUUCUUAUUACUGGCUGCUCUGCCGGUUCGGCUGGUCACGCUCUCGCCCUUGAAUUUGCAAACCAAGGCAUGCGCGUCUUUGCAACUGCUCGGUCAACCAAGUCUCUUUCCCAGCUAGAAGCGAGAGGGAUCGAGGUACUUCCGCUCGACGUGACGAGCGCAGAGAGCAUUGCUACUCUGAAAGCCGAGGUUUCGGAGCGCUCUGGAGGAAAACUGGACAUGUUGUUCAAUAAUGCUGGCAUGAUGUACGAAGCACCAGCGAUCGAAGCCGAUGGCGAGAGCGUCCGUAAAAUGUUCAACGCGAACGUUUUCGGGUUGUUCGACAUGGUAACGGCCUUUGUCCCUCUUCUCUUAGCCUCUGUACCGGAUUCACCAAGCCCGCCUACCAUCAUCAACACGUCUUCGAUCCUUAGCCGUCUGCCAUUUCCCUUCGCUGCCGGUUACAAUGCAUCCAAAGCCGCUGUUGCUUCCUACUCUGACACUCUCCGGAUCGAGUUAGCGCCUCUUGGAAUCAAAGUUGUUACAUUAUUUAUGGGUGAGGUUUCGACUGGCCUAAUGUCAGCCGACAAUAUCUCAUUCGGCCACGACAGCCUCUACAGUGAUAUUGAAGGCAGCGUUCAAGAGAGAAGUAGACGCCAUGUGCAAAGUAGUAUGAAAGCGCAGGAAUUUGCACGCGAAGUUGUCAAUGAAGUCAUCUCAAAGCCCGGAGAGGGCAAGGGUAUGUUCCUGUGGAAGGGCACCAAUGCCUGGUUAGUUUGGUUUCUCAAUGCUGUGGGAUGGAGGACAGUUUUUGAUGGGACAAUGAUGUCAGGGGCAGGCUUGGACCGGAGGGAGUUCAAGAAGGCUAUUUUUGAUAAAGGCCAGCAUUGGGCGAAGCGAAAUUGA